UGGGAGGAGCUGAAGAUCGACUGGGAAAGGAGUGCAACCUCCCAGUUGUAGCAAACUGAGCUCAGAGACAGAGAAAAGAUCUCCAUUCCUAACAUCAAUUUACCAAAGUAAAACAGGAAUUGCUGCAGGAGAUAAAGCGAGCACAGGGCACACGCUAUUUUAUCGUGUUUUUACGGGACACAUUACCUUCAAUGUAGAUUUUUACCUAGUUGUGACGUUCAUCCAAUGCUUAGUUUAAAGUGCCUGUGGCUGCUUGCAGCUUUUUGCUGGUGAUCCAGACACAGAGCUUGGAGGCAGCGAUUUGGUGAUUUGAUGUAAUAUUUCAUUCAGGAAUAGAAGAGUGAGCGAGCAAACGAGAGAGAGAGAGAAAGAGUGCGUGGACAUGGGCUGCCCAUUCAAGACAGGAAGGGCCAACCAAUCAAGAAUUGUUUCAGUAGAAGAUUUUCAGAGAGUAAAUAUGCGGUUUCUGCCACUAUGGUCAUUUGUGUUGGUUAUGCUGUUGGCUGAUGCAGUUCUAGCCGGUGGAAAAUCUUACUCAGGGCCGUGUAAUGGAAGAGACUGCAGCGCAGGAUGCAAGUGUUUCCCUGAGAAAGGAGGCAGAGGUCAGCCAGGACCACCGGGGACUCAGGGGAAUCAGGGCCCAGAUGGGCCGUCUGGACGUUAUGGUGUGACUGGACCAAAGGGCGAAAAAGGUGAAAGAGGCCUAAGUGGAAAUCGUGGAUUUAAAGGAGACAAGGGGCCAAUAGGUGUUCCAGGAUUCUCAGGCAAUGAUGGCAUACCAGGUCAUCCAGGGCAACGUGGCCCAAGAGGUCCAUCUGGACAUGACGGCUGCAAUGGAACGAAAGGAGAUCCUGGUCUGAUGGGACAACCUGGAUUUACCGGACUGCCUGGCUUUGAUGGUCGCUAUGGACCAAAGGGUCAGAAAGGUGAACCUAUUCUGGUUAAAGUCGACCUAAGGGGUGAACCUGGUCAUCCAGGUUUGGAUGGUUUUCCAGGUCAGUCAGGUUUAUCCGGUCUAAUUGGUCCAAGGGGUCGUAAAGGACAGUUGGGACAUACAGGAUUCCCAGGGCCUCCAGGACCUCCUGGACCACAGGGUAGUGACGGAAUAAGUUUCCAGGGUGAAAAGGGGGAUAAAGGUGAAGUGGGAUUGCCAGGACCCACUGGUCCACGUCCAGGAACUGGACCCGCUGUGACCAUCUACAUAAAAGGAGAAGCAGGAGAAAAGGGCGAAAGAGGUUCCCGAGGAUUUGAGGGGGAAACAGGACUUCCUGGACUUUCAGGAAUUACAAGUUCACCAGGAGAAAAGGGAGAACGUGGAAUAAUGGGUCUCCCAGGAUUAAGGGGUUUGAGUGGUUUGGAUGGCCUCCCAGGACGAAAAGGAGACAGGGGUCGCCCAGGUCUCCAUGGACUUAAAGGUACAAAUGGUCGUGCAGGAACAAAGGGUGAACGUGGUGAUCAAGGUGUUCAAGGAGAAUCCGUUAAUUUUUCUGGAGUUAUUCCCAGUGGUCUUCGAGGUGACAGAGGUCCGGAGGGUGAUAGAGGUCUCCCUGGAGAAGUGGGUCCACGAGGCCCAUAUGGCCCACCUGGCCCUCCUGGAGAACAAGCCUCCUAUCCAGGUCCUCGGGGACCCCAGGGUUCAACUGGCAUAACAGGACUCAAGGGGUAUGAAGGUGAACCUGGUUUUUCAGCGAUCCGGCCUGGGCUUCCUGGGUUUCAAGGAAUACCCGGUCAACCGGGACCACCAGGGCAACCAGGACCACCAGCUUCAGGAGAUGUUAUUGGAGAUCCCGGGUCACGAGGUUACAGAGGUUACCCAGGUCCAGCGGGUGGAAAAGGAGUCAAAGGCGAACAAGGUGACUGUGCUUGCCGUGUGGAGGAGGCUUCUCCUGCAGGGCCCCCAGGUCCUGUUGGAGUCCCAGGUUAUUCUGGAAAUUCAGGAAGAAAGGGUCAGCCUGGAGAUCAAGGUCAACCAGGCACUAUUGGUGCACCCGGCCUUCCAGGUGUGCAAGGUGCUGUGGGAUAUCCGGGUACCAAAGGACGAAAGGGUGACUCUAUAAUCAUUAAUACCAUUACCACCAAAGGUACCAAAGGAGAGCAAGGUGAGCCUGGUCACAUAGGUUCUUACGGUGAGGCAGGAGUACCAGGCCUGGAUGGUCGUCCUGGAGAGCCAGGGCCUCGGGGUCCUUCUGGUGACGGUCGUAAAGGCUACCCUGGUGAUUCGGGUGAUCAAGGUGUCCCAGGCCCUAAAGGACAACCAGGGAAUAUAGGUCGCCCAGGGCUAUCGAUUUCAGGUCCUCCAAGUAUCCCUGGUCUUCGUGGUGACCCAGGAUUUGAUGGAUUUCCAGGAAUUCCAGGUAUUCCAGGACACCAAGGUCCUCCAGGUGACUGUUGCUGCAUUGAUGUGACUUUGCUGCAUGAAAGAAAUUAUACAGACAUUUCAGCAGGUAUUCCUUGUCAAAAGCCAGGACCUCCGGGACCACAUGGUCUCCAAGGAUUCUCCGGAGCAAAAGGUGUAAAGGGUGAAAGAGGACAUCCAGGUUUUCCUGGCCAACCAGGAUUCCCAGGACCUAAAGGAUUUGUGGGUGACCCAGGCCCCGGAGUCACAGGACCACCAGGUUUUAUUGGGCGUCGUGGAGACGCAGGAACACCGGGAGCCCCUGGGCAGCCUGGUACCAGUGGGUUUCCAGGAUUACCGGGAAAACCAGGACUUCUCGGUAUAAAAGGAGAGGCUGGAGAGGCAAUUGGUGCUAUUCCAGGAUUGGAAGGUGAUCGAGGAGGCCCAGGAGAAGUCGGAGUGAAAGGAACACAAGGAGACACAGGUUCACUGGGAGUUAGAGGUGCAUUUGGAAUAACAGGUAUGCCUGGUGCAAAAGGCAUACAAGGUCAACCAGGGCUACCUGGUCUCAUAGGAUUCCCUGGGGUAAGAGGAGACCCUGGCUCCCUAGGAUUUCAAGGAUUCCCAGGUGUGCAAGGAUUUAUUGGUGCUCCGGGAGUUCCAGGCUUUCAGGGUAUCAAAGGACAAUCUGGUGAUCAAGGUCCCCCUGGCCCUGCUGGAAUGAAAGGUUUGCCCGGGAUAACAGGUUAUCCAGGUUCUGCUGGGGAUAGAGGGCUUUCUGGAUCUCCUGGUCAAAUUGGGAUGAAUGGACUUCCAGGCCUUGAUGGAUUAAAAGGUAAAAAAGGUUCCCCUGGAAUGGCAGGCUUCCCAGGCCUGAGGGGUGCUCAUGGACGGACAGGUGUUCCAGGCCUUAAAGGUGAAAAGGGACAAUCUGGCCAUCCAGGACGCAGAGGUUUGGCCGGGGACAAAGGGACAAAAGGUGCUCGUGGCUUCCAAGGGCCCCCAGGACCAGCACCGCCAUUUAGUCCUAAGAUGUCUAUGAUGGUGAAGGGUCAUAAAGGCGACACUGGUUAUUUUGGCGAAUUUGGUUUCUCUGGGCCCAAAGGUGAGAAAGGUAUGCCAGGGUAUCCAGGUUCAUAUGGCCAGCCUGGUUUUCCAGGUAUUCCAGGACACAUUAAAGGCCGGCGAGGGUUACCUGGUUUUCCCGGUGAUACUGGUAGUAAAGGAAUGCCAGGUUCUUCUGGUCCUCCUGGGAUUCGUGGCUUCCCUGGAAUGCCUGGUGAAAAAGGGAGACUAGGCUCUUCAGGCUUCCCAGGUACCAGCGGACCACCUGGUUUCAAGGGACUUAAAGGUGACCAGGGAGAUACUAUAAACCUACCAGGCCAACCAGGCAUCAAGGGAAAUAUAGGUGUAGCAGGUUCAACGGGUGAACCAGGCCUUACAGGAUUGCCAGGUCAGGGUGGAUUUCCAGGUUCUCCAGGCAUUGAGGGUUUGAAAGGGUUUCCAGGUUUUCAUGGUUCCCCAGGUCAACAAGGCUCCCCUGGGUUUCCUGGGCCACCAGGUGACAAAGGGCAGUUUGGCUCUAUCGGUUCUGCUGGUCAAUUUGGACAUCCAGGAUUUAUAGGAUAUCGAGGGGACAAAGGUGUCAUAGGUUCUGAUGGUCUGGCGGGUUUAGAUGGUUUGAAAGGACUCAAGGGUCUCCCAGGAGCACCAGGAAUACCUGGAGAAGGCCCCCCGGGGCAAACAGGUCCACCAGGCGAGAAGGGUGAAGUUGGUAUUUCAAGCACUCAAACAGGUUUCCCAGGUGUAACAGGGGAACCUGGGUCUAGAGGAGACUUUGGUGAGAAAGGUCAACCUGGUAAUUCAGGACCACCUGGUUCACCAGGCCCCUUGAUACCUUCAGACAAACCAGGAAAAUCAGGUGAACUGGGUGUACCAGGAGAAGAUGGUCUACAAGGUUAUCCAGGCCCAAGAGGCCUGCGUGGUAAAGCAGCUGUUCCUGGCAAGAAGGGUGAAAAAGGAAAUCCAGGCAUUUCUGCCUUUUCAGGACCACAGGGCAUGAGUGGAAAUAAUGGAGCUCCCGGUUCUCAAGGAAUUGACGGUAUUCCAGGGAGAAAAGGUCAAAAGGGUGAUCAAGGCAUGAUGGGUUACCCUGGACGAUCUGGACCACCGGGUAACACUGGCCCUAGUGGGCCGAAGGGUAUAACUGGAUUACCUGGGAUACAAGGAAUUGCAGGGAUACCAGGACCGGUUCCUAUACCAGGAUUCAUCCGAAAACCUCUCGGUCCUCCUGGUCUGCCUGGAUUGCAAGGAAGCCCUGGUGUUGGAGGUGAUAUAGGCCCUAAGGGAUUUCCUGGCGAUCCAGGCUCAAUUGGUCCACAAGGACAACAAGGGACUCCUGGCCGCAGUGGUGCUCAUGGGUUGACAGGUGCUAGAGGUGAUCCAGGUCUAAUGGGUCAGCAAGGUACACUGGGAUACGAAGGUGAGCCUGGGAGAUCAGGUUCUCAAGGUAUGCCAGGAAUGCCAGGCCGAAGUGUUAGUGUUGGCUACCUUCUAGUAAAGCACAGUCAGUCAGAACAAGUGCCUCCUUGCCCACUUGGCAUGAACAUGGUUUGGGAUGGAUUCAGCAUGUUAUAUGUGGAGGGACAGGAAAAGUCUCAUAACCAGGAUUUGGGCCUGGCUGGCUCCUGUUUGCCACGGUUCAGCACAAUGCCAUUCGUGUAUUGUAACAUCAACGAAGUUUGUUACUUUGCAAGCAGAAAUGAUAAAUCCUUCUGGUUGUCUACAAAUGCCCCCAUUCCGAUGAUGCCUGUGGCUGAUGAUGAUAUCAAGCCGUACAUCAGCCGAUGCUCAGUAUGUGAAGCACCUUCCCUUGCUGUUGCUGUCCACAGUCAGGAUAUAACCAUCCCACAAUGCCCCAAUGGUUGGCGCGGUCUAUGGAUUGGCUACUCUUUCCUAAUGCACACAUCAGCAGGCAAUGAAGGUGGUGGACAGUCACUGGUCUCUCCUGGCAGCUGUCUGGAAGAUUUUCGUGCAACACCAUUUGUCGAAUGCAAUGGGGCUCGUGGUUCAUGUCACUACUUUGCCAAUAAGUACAGCUUCUGGCUUUCCACAGUGGAUCCUAACCAGCAGUUUGAGACUGAACCUAUACCAGACACUCUGAAAGCUGGACAGCUUCUAACUCGAGUAGGGCGAUGUCAAGUGUGUAUGAAGAAUUUAUAAGAAGCCCCAAAGCAGCCUUACAGCCCAUCUUUCUGAUGUUACAAUUUUGAGACCAAAAAAAACCCAGAAGUAUUUAAACAAAAGAAAAAAAUGUUUGCUUUGAUUAAAUGGUGCUAUGUUCAAAUUUGUUACCUCAAAACACAGAAAACAAUCUGACGACGAUCCAAGUAAUAUAUCCAUCUACUUGCUUUAGGUUCAGCAUUCCACUUAGCUGUAUUAAUGCACUCAGUUUUCCGCUUUCUUUUUCAUGCCAAAAGUAACCUCAUUGAAGCAGAGAUUACUAAUGCUAAUACAGUAAAACAUGGUACCAUUUUCAGGAAAAGCAAAAUAUGAAUUUCAUGACUACUAAAACCACUUCAGUUUUAAUUAUUAUAUCCAGUAGUUCAUAUAUAUAUAUUAAACAUUUGGAUGAUUUUGGAGAGCAAAUGUUUUAGGCCUGCGAUAAACCAUGACGUUUUACAUCAAUUUCAAGGCCUUUGAAAUUCAAUGUGUACAAGUCAAAUGAAGAUGCGAUGGGAAUGUUGGGGAAUUGAAUUUCAAAUACACCAUUGUACCACAAAACAGUAAGAUAAGCAUUUAGCAUUAAUAAUAUAUAUUCAUUGAAAAAUGCACAUAAAUCCGUAAAUGUUAUAAUUACUAAAAGAAGACUUAUGUAUAUGGAAUGCAUCAUUUACCAUUGAUUUUAAGCAACAAUCCUGGAUUUGCAUAGCAGCAGGUUGGCACUGAUAGUAACUCGACUUUCAUGUUUUCUGCAUGUGAAAGUAACCAAAAGUCUCACAAAAGGCAAUCCUCUCUAGAUGUAUUUCUUCUGCCAUUAUCUACAUUAGAAAUUGGCUGACAGAUCAGCACUUCCACUAAUGUGCCACCAUUAGCCUCUCCAGUCUAUUUCCCUGAACUUUGCUGGUGGCUAAACCAUUGCUACCAGUACUAGGGGAAAGGAUGAAAUCUGCCACAAACAGGUAGUGGCAGGCUUUUUAAAAAAAUGAUUGUCUAGCAGUAGUGCUGGUGUCUACUAUGUGCACCCUUCCAACCAGAGUGAAUUGUUAAGCUAUAAUGUUAUUAAGGAUUCAAAUGGUUUGUGACUAGUUGAAUCGAGAGAUUCUAAUCAAGCUUAGAAAUCACUCCAUUGCAAUUGCUAUAUUUUUAUAAUAAAUAAAGGACAAUUUAGAAAACAUAAUUUAGUUUGAAUUUGUGGCAAAAAUACAAUUUCAGUCAGUUCUGGGGUUAGGCAUUAAGGUCAAUGGCUAAAAAUGGUGCAGCGAGACUUUCACAGGCUGGUGUUGGGCUUGCUGUGCUUUUAUUACUGUAGGUAUGUAAAGAAAUGUUUUGCAUUACAUUGCAGGGGAAUUCUACCAGGCUUAUAUGUGAUAUUCUGUCAAAUGUCAAACUUCGGAAUUGUACAAAGACCACCCCUCACAAUCUCUUGAGACUUUAAAAAUAGUAAUACACUGUAGUCAUAGUAUCUCCUUUGCAGACACCUUGCAAUUUAUACAUUAAUACUGCGCUUACUCUGUUGCUUUGAUGGUUUAUUUUUUACACAGCAUUUUAAUAUAUCAUGACAUUAUUUCAUUGAAUGUUUGACACUUGACUCGUAGUUAAUUUGGCAAUAGGCAACAUUGGAUUAUACUGGUAGUCAGAAUUAAUAAGUAAACAAAGGUGCUUUAUUGCUUUUCAGCCACUCUAGUUGUGGAACAAGAUGGAACUUGAAUCAUUAAGUUAUGUAUUGCGUUAUUGCACUACCAGUCCACAGUGUUGGUACAUCAUAGGUGGAACCAAAUGGACCAUUAAACUGAAAAGAUGAAAUUCUUAAAAAAAAACAGAAACCAAAUUUGAUAGAGUAGUAAUCAUGUGUACAUAACAUCCCUUUUAUAUGUAUUGUAUGAGGAGUAAAAGCUUUUCAUUUGAUGUAAUUAUCCAAAUUAAAACUUAUUUACCAUUCUGUUAUGGUUUUAA